GGACUCAGAGCAUCUGUCCUGUUAAACCCUUGUAUCUGUGGUGGUCGAGGCUUGUGGAGACGCUCUUCAAUACGCUCGUCUGUGAUUUGGAAUUUCAGAGCUGGAAUUGCUCCUGUUUCUGGGAAAUCGAUCUUGCCUUGCAGCUUGCACGGUGUGCUGUUGGAUUCGACAUCGACGAUGACGGCCCUGUCGUCAUCGCUCUUGCCUCUGUCGCUGCAUUUGACAAGCAGCAGACACCGUUGCUCUUCUCGUCCUGCUUUCCGCCAGUCGACGGGAUCUUCUUCCCUGCUUACGAGCCUCACUUCUCCAGGUUUGAGUGGAUCUAAGCUGCAUUGCCAACCGAUGCUGGCGUCCAAGCGAGAAGAAGGAAGGAAAUUGACCACUACGAUCAACGUAGCCACCACAGAAGCAGCUGUUCAGGAUUUGGGACAUGAUUUAGGUAAUGUGGAAUUGGAGCAUGAUCUUGAGUUGUCCGAGCUUACAGCAGUGUCUCCUUUGGACGGCCGCUAUGGGAGGUUUGUGAAGAAACUGAGAUCGAUAUUCAGUGAGUACGGUCUCAUCCGUUAUCGUGUCUUGGUUGAGGUGCGAUGGCUUCAAAAACUGUCCGAAAUGACUGGUGUGAGUGAAGUUCCUGCCUUCAGCUCUGACGCUCAUGCCGACCUGGAGAAGAUAAUUAGCAAUUUUAGUGUGGAUCAAGCAUUGCAAGUGAAGGCGAUUGAACGGACAACAAAUCAUGAUGUCAAAGCUAUUGAGUACUUUCUCAAAGACCACCUGGGUGAGCAUCCGGAGGUUUCCAAGGUCUUGGAGUUUAUCCACUUCGCAUGCACUUCAGAGGAUAUCAACAAUUUGGCCCAUGGACUCAUGCUUCGUAAAGCGCUGGAGGCGGUUGUUUUACCCUUAAUGGAUUCCCUUAUAGAUGCAAUUCACAAACUCGCCGUCGAGCACGCUGCCGUGCCAAUGCUAUCACGAACACAUGGACAGCCAGCUUCACCAACCACAUUAGGCAAGGAGAUGGCCAAUUUUUGCUACAGAUUGAGGGACAUACGAAAUCAAGUUGCAAGUGUGCAGCCCAAGGGAAAGAUCGCCGGGGCAGUAGGCAACUACAACGCCCACUAUAUUGCACAUCCUGACGUUGAUUGGGAGGGCGCUGCUGAAGAAUUUGUCACAUCUCUCGGCUUAUCUUUCAACCCAUACACAACGCAGAUUGAACCACAUGACUACAUUGCUACGUUAUUCAACGCAGUUUCUUUGUUCAACACGGUGCUGAUUGGCUUCGACCGAGAUAUUUGGGGUUACAUUUCACUUGGUUAUUUUCGUCAGCAAACUGUUGCUGGUGAAGUGGGAUCCUCAACCAUGCCACAUAAAGUGAAUCCCAUUGAUUUUGAGAACAGCGAGGGAAAUCUUGGGAUGGCGAAUGCAAUUUUAGGGCACUUGAGCGUAAAACUUCCGAUAUCACGUUGGCAGCGUGAUUUGACCGAUUCAACUGUUCUUCGAAAUCUCGGAGGGGGAUUAGGAUAUUCUCUUCUCGCGUAUGAAAGCACAUUGAGGGGACUGAAAAAGCUAAAGGUAGAUGAGGUCCGCCUUCAACAAGACCUGAACAACACUUGGGAAGUUCUUGCAGAGCCAAUACAGAUGGUGAUGCGGCGAUAUGGCAUAGAAAAACCUUACGAGAAGUUGAAGGAGUUUACAAGAGGCAGGGCAGUUACAAAGGAAAGCUUGCAAGAACUCAUUGAGUCACUAGAUAUGCCUGAACAAGCCAAGGCAGAUUUGCGAGCUCUAACUCCAAGCAGCUACAUAGGUCACGCAGAUGUUCUUGCUCGUAAAGUGUUCUGACACCAUAUCCGUUUUUGUGAGGUCUAUUGAUAGCUUGUAAUUUAUCGGCUCUUUCAUCAAUAUUUUUGGAGGCUUUGAGACCAUUGCCCGUCUCAUCAAAGAAUAGUUCAUGUUUACCAACUGAACGUAAAUUCAGGUGCAUAUGGGCAAUUUUUCUUUCUCUUUCACAAGAGGUGUAUUAAGUUAUUCGUAUCAUGAUAUACAUGUCAGCUUGAAAGCCUUUUGCAGCUG